UAUAAGAAAACUAGCAUGCCUGGAAUGGAGGAUUUGGUCAAAUUGUUCAAUGUAUGGGAAAUUCAGCUGCUUGUGCUCCUCAGUUUCACACUACAAAUUUUCUUGUUCUUUACUGGCAGCCUUCGACGGCAUAGCAGCAGCAUGCUACUAAGACUCUCCAUUUGGGCAGCUUAUCUCGGGGCAGACUUUGUAGCAGUGUAUACCCUUGGCCUGGUCUCACGACUUGGGGAUAUCACCACUAAAGGGGAUAUCACCACUGAAAUGCAUACACCAGGGAAAAUAUCACCACUGGCUUUCUUUUGGGCACCAUUUCUUCUCAUCCAUCUUGCCGGGCAGGACACUAUUACUGCCUUUGCCAUGGAAGACAACAAUUUGUGGCUGAGGCAUUUGCUGAAUCUAGUGGUGCAAGCUGUCCUAGCUAUAUAUGUUUUCUGGAAGUCCAUUGGAAGACACAGCCCGAUGCUUAUAGUGUCCGGUGUCUUUGUGUUUGUUGUUGGAAUUAUCAAGUAUGCAGAAAGAACUUGGUCUCUCAAGAGUGGUUGCUACAAAAGCUUUGAGAGCUCAGGUGGACAUCAUUACAAAAAGUUGCCAGACCAUGAUUGCGUAGAGGACAUGAACAAGGAUGGAUAUGAUGACAUUGUUUACAUAGCUCUCUGGUCAACGCCACGUGCCCAUAAUAUCAUUUCUGGACACAACAUCUUAUCUAUACCGGAUGAUCUCCCCGAUUGGCCAGGGAGAGAUGAAAGCAAAACGAUUAUCAAGAUGGUUGGUAUUAUUCUUAGUGUGAUGUAUGCUGAUCUGUACACUAAGGCUCUCGUGGUCAGAACAAAGAGUGGUAUCAUACUUCGAUGCAUCUCUCAGAUGUCCGCUGUUGUUGCUUUCGGUAUGUUCCUUGCAAGUGACAAACAAAGGUAUAGCAAAACUGACAUUGCAAUCACUUAUUCACUUUUUGGGGGAGGGUUUUUCCUCGAACUCUGUGCGGUGUUUAUUUCCAUGAUGUCACCCUGGACAUGGGCAUGGCUGAAGGUGCGAAAGUGGCAUAAGCUUGCCAUGUUGUCCUGGCUUAUUUUUUCCAGUGACCUUGGAUGGCCGGAGAAGAAGCAGUGUUUUGUAAAGUCAAUGGGACAGUAUAACUUUUCGAGCUGGAUGACCGGCAGUACCCAAGCGAGAACAUUCCGUCAACGAGUGAUGGCCAUGGUCAAAUGGUUUGCGCGUUUGGUCCAUGUUGAAAAGAAGAAAAUAUUUUGGAUGAGCAAGCUGUUAGACACGGAGUACGUGGAUGUGGAUGAGACCACUAUGGAGUGUAUUGCAGAGCAGAUUUGUCUCCUUAGAGAUCAUGAAGGCUCCACUCAGUUUAGCAGCAAAUGGAUAAACUGGUUUGGAAAUAUUCCAGAUUUUGGUAUUGGUAUUGUGGUGUUGCAUUUAAUUACUGAGAAACAUCUGAGUGAAAUACAUGAGGCAAAAAGUGCAGGAGUGGGUAUGAACAUGAUGGAGGUAUGCCGGAAACUAUCGAGAUACCUGAUGUACCUUUUGGCUACCCACCCUUCUAUGCUGCCGCUCAAUGCUAGCCCGGAAGCUAUAUUUCUUAAGGAUCCCGUAGAGCUUGAGGGGAUAGUCCGUGAUGCUCUUGACGUUGUCGUGUCAUCAAACAGGAAUUUAUUAAAGCUGGAGGAGUUAGCUUACGUGUGGGCGAGGCUCCUUAUUUACGCUGCAGGCAAGUCGAGGCCGGAGAGGCACAUGGAACAACUGGGCACAGGAGGGGAGCUCAUCACCUUCGUCUGGAUGCUCAUGUACAUCCAUGGCCUCGGAGAUUCACAAUGGAGGAGGAUUGCACUCGGCAAUGCUGAUGAUCGUGGUAGGAGGAUGGAGGAGGUAUACGCCUUCCCUUCGUGAGCGCGAGGCUGAAAUAAACGGAUGACCCAUCUGCGCCGCUUCUUGUACGUCAUCGUCAUGGCAUUUCUGUGUAUCUUAAGCUCGCGUCUUGGUGUGCUUCUUCUACCGUGUGAAUUGCAUUUUGGUGUGUGUGAUCAAAUAAAGCAGCUGGCUGCCGUUACUUGUACUAGUCUGACUGUGCUACUGAUGUUUGUACUGCAUUUGCGUUCAAAAACUUGUAGUAAAUCGAAAGCGAAUACUCCGGAUUUUUAACCCGACAAUGCAUCGAUUGCUUGAGUCGGGUUCUGCUCUACGUU